AUGAAUUACUAUUUUUUUGUAAAUUCUUUCAGUUCACCAAAAUGCAUCGCACAAGCUUCAUCAGAAUUUCGUAGACUAUCAAGAAGUGGCUCGGUGCCAAAUCUCGAUGAUAAAGUACACAUAACAAGUCCAUUAUUGAAAUCAUCCGGUUCACCAAACACACAUCGUCGCAUGUCUCGAACUCACCAGAAUCAUCACCAUCCUCACCAUCAUAAUCAUAAUGGUAAGCAGCACUCGAGCUUGGUGUAUCGAGCUACGAGAGAAAAUAGUUAUCUUCAUCCGGGCUUAUUACGAUAUCAUCGACAUGCAAUAUCUGUAGAUGAAACAAGUCCAUUGAGACAGUCAAACGAUUGGACACACGGUUCACAAGCGUCAGUAACGUUUGAUCCUACACCCGAAAUAAUCGAUAUUGCACCCGUACAUAAGAAACGUAUAAAGCAUAGCGAUACAUCUCGUCGACAUAUCUUAUCACGUCAGAAACCAAUAGAGAAAGAAGAAGUGCAUAAUUCUAGUCCCCAACAGAGACGACGUAGCUCAACGAUGUCAGAAAAUUCAAUUUCACAAUCCAGAAAGCAAAUUGCUUCCACAACAGUCGAAAUAAGUCGGAGAGCAUCAUCUGCGUCGCGUACAUAUAGCAUUGAUUCGCGAUGUUAUCAACACAAUGCGAAUAUAUCUUCAGCACAUGAUUUAUGUAGAAGCCCUGAGAAGCAACAGAGCCCGAGAAAAGUCAGCUCGAUACUUUCUAUUGAUAAGGAGAAUUUCAGAAGUCAAUUAUCAAUUUGCUCAGAGCCAAUGGCAGCGGUGAAGCAAUUAUCAUGUCAAUCAAGCAUUGAACCAUGUCUCAUGGAGGAAGAGAGCGGUGUUGAGGUUGAUAAGCAAGAAGAAAUUGAAAUGGAAUUAAACGAGACAAAAGCUAUCAUUGAACCAAAGCAACGUCCUGACUCACUAAUUUUAAAUACCGCAACCAUAGAAGACUCAACUGUAUCAGAUGCCAAAAAAUACCUUUAUCGUAGCCAAUCGACCCGAAGUUUUAAGAAACCAAAAUCAAAGCCAUCGAAAAUUCUUAGUAGUGAUUUGGAUCAAAUUUACGUGAUAAGUAGCAAUACGUGUAAGCGAUCUGAUUUAAAUGACUUUUAUGAUUCAAUAGAAGUCAUAACAGAACGUAGAAGUAAGAACUUUAUGGAAUUUAAUAAUCAUAGUAAUAGCAACAAUAAUUGUAGUAGUGAAAAUAAAAUUGAUGGUAGCUGUGAGAAUGUUCAGAAUGGAUGCGCGUCAAAAGAAAUUAUUGUUGAGGUUGAAUCACAUCAUGUUGAGUAA